GUAAGGUCACAAGUCAAAUCCUCAUAAGAGCAGACAGGGACUGAAGUGUUCACAGGUACACAGACUCAAGUACUGGGAGCAAUGCAUCGAAUGACUUCGCAGCUUUAAUGAAUGAUACUAUCAGCUGAUUGUGUCUACAGGAGAUUCCACUUGCAGAUUACAGCCUCAUUCUGCAGAGGACACUUUUAAAGUGUUCCAGUGUCCAAUCCUACAUGCGGAUAUCGCGUAAAGCUUAGGAUAAAUCACCUGAUUAGCCGACUAAUAUCUACACAAUUUUGGAAAUGGAUUCCCUGAUGUCGCUGGGCUCCCCCCUGAAGCAGUUCACCCGAUGCGUGUCGGGGAAAAACACCACCGCAAAGAGAGGGCCCAAGAGGAGCCAGUCGGUCCGCCGCAACAGCUUCAUCCGCAACAGCUUCACCCGCAGGAAGAGCGUCAGCAGGAGGAGAAGUCUUCCCUGCAGCAGCCAGAAAGUCCCAGACUCCUGGCUCAGAGCCUACCAGGAUGACCUGAAGAGAGAAAGGAAACGUCAGCAAGCCAUCCUGGCCAAGAAGAACGCCGAAAGGACCGUCAGAAAAACCCACUUCAGGAGCCACCACUGCCUCCCAAGGCAGACCACCGCUGCCAGGAAACCGGCUCCAGUGAAGGACGACUCCUUCUUUGGAGCCUUUCAGGGCCUCAGUCUGGACGGACUGGUGGGAGGAGCUUCUGGGUUACCUGCCGCCGCUCCUGCAGCAGGUGGAGGAGAUCCGUGCAAAGUCAUGUGAGACUCAACAUAUUAAGGACAAUUAGACUUUUCAAAUGAGCCACAUUGCUUGAGAGAUUCCCAUACAACAGAGACUUGAUGGAGAAAGGUGACAAAUAAGACCCAAGAAAGAGGAGAGUAUUUCUGUGUAUUUUCUUAAAUGUUUUUUUUUCUUUAGCUAACAAUAUUGCCAGUUCUUGCUUCGUUAAUAUCUGUUGAGUGGACUGUACACUUUAAGAAUUGUUGCACUGUUACUUGUUCGCUAAAUGAGCAGAAUUGUUUUCCUGAAAUGUUAUGGUUAUAAAAUUGUGGAAAACCGA